AUGGCUUGCUUCCCAUCCGACCCCGUGCUUUCGCAGUGGGGAGUGGCGUUUGAGCUGGAGGGGAACGAGGAGGAGGUGGCAUGCACCAUCAAGUACCUGGAGUGGCGUGAAAAGCAGUACGACGUGCGCAAGUUUGUGGAUGUAAUCUCCAAGACUGGCGAGGUGCUCGUCACAGGGGCGCUCUGUUACAUAGCCACUGACUCGCCCGCAAACGCCAACUGGCUCGGGCCGGCGCCGCUGCCGGCGAUCGCAGCACAGAUCGCCACUUCCAGGGGCCCUUCUGGUCCUAAUUACGAGUACGUGUACAAGCUUGCGGGCGUUAUGAGAGCAAUGGGUGUGGAGGAUGCGGAGCUGUUUCAGCUGGAGGAGCACGUCAGGCAGCUUGUGCAGCUUGUGCAGCAGCAGCAGCAGCAGCAGCAGCAGCAGCAGCAGCAGCAGGAGCAGGAGCAGCAGCAGCAGCAGCAGCAGCAGCUCGAGCGCGAGAACGCCCUGGCGGGGGACGAGCUCAAGCAGCUGCGUGCGGACGCGACGCAGGCGGCCAGCCUGCGGGGACAGCUGCAGCAGCAGCUGCAGGGCGCCACAAUCGACUGUAACACCGCGCAGCUCGACGCCAGCUCGCUGCGCCAGCAGCUGGAGCAAGCCCGCGCUGCGGCGGCCGCGGCGGCCGCUGCCCAGCAGCAGCAGAUUGCGGCGCUGCAGCAGCAGGUGGCGGCGCUGCAGACGCAGGUGGAACAGGCGCGUGGCGAGGCGGCCGGCGCGGCCGGUGCACUUGUGCUGGUGGAGCGCCUUCAGCAGCAGCUGAGCCAGGCGAACGACGACGCGGCGCGCCUGCAGGCAACCAACUCGCAGUACGCCCGCCAGCUGCGCGCUGCGGCCGCGGCGCGGCAGGGCGCGGAGGACGCGCGUCAGGCGGCCGAGGCGGCGGCGGCUGAAGCGCAGCUGCGGCUGGGGCGCGCGCAGGAGCAGGUCAAGAAUGCGCCCUUCGAGCUCGCAGAGCGCACCAGCCUGAGGGAGCACGUGCGCGGCCUCAAGGCGCUCCUGGUCGAGGAGCAGAAGCGGGCCUGCGAGCUGGAGCGCCAGCUCAGGGGCGCGGCGGAGGGCGCGCAGCUGCUCACCCCCGAGCCCGGCGGCGGCAGCGCGGAGCAGCGGCCGGGCGGCGGGCACGACUUGCGGUGGUACAAGAUCCGGCACAACAAGCUGAAGCAGGAGGUCGAGGUGCUGCGGCGCGCGCUGCAGCCGGGGUCGGACGAGCCGCCGUCGGACGAGCCGCCCUGGGCGUCUCCGCGCAGCGUCGAGCAGCUGCCGCGCCACCGGGCAUCUCAAGCAGCGGCCACGGCGGCGCCAGGCGCCGUAGCAGCGGGAGGAGAGGAUGGGGCAGCGGUGCGCUCAGGCGGCGCGGCGCAAGUGCUGAGAGGAAGCGGCGGAGGCCUGGCCGUGCGCAGGCUACCUGGUAGUACGCCAGUAGCCCCACCCAUGCAGCCGCAGCCGCUGCAGCAGGAGCAGCAGCAGGAGCAGCAGCAGCAGCAGCAGCAGCAGCAGCAGCAGCAGCCACGUCAGCAGCAAGAGCAGCAGCAGCAGCAGCAAUGUCAGCAGCAGCAGCAGCAGCAGCCACGUCAGCAGCCGUUGAGCGCGCGCCUGCUUCAGCGGGGUCCGGGGUCGUCGGCGCAGCAGCUGCCGCUGAGCGCACCUGCGCGGGUGCUCCUCCAGCAGCAGCAGCGACAGCAGCAGCAGCAGCAGCAGCAGCAGCAGCAGCAGCAGCCCACCUACAAGUUCAACGAGGUGGUCCGCGGCCGCGCCGCGCGCGACGCGCUGCCGGCCUUCUCCUGCCACGCGUGCCGCGCCUGGUAUGAGGCCAUCCAUUCAUGGGGCGCCUCGCAGGGCGGCCUCCCCGAGCCGGUGCGGCCGCGCUGCGGCCACCAGGACGCGUUGCCGCGGGGGCUGCCAGGAGCGGACCAAAUACUGCAGCACGUGUCGCGCCACAGGGCGCGCUUUGCGCGGCCGGAGACGCAGGACGGGUACUGGGACCUGGGUUUCAUGGACUCCCUGGACUCGAGAUACGUGGAGCAGCAGCAGGUGGCCGCGCAGCAUAAUCGGCAACGUGCAGAGCAGCAGGAGGCAGAGGAUGGCGACAUGCAGCACCUCCCGGACCCGUUGCCUCUUGCAUGA